AUGGCGAAUAUUACUUUUAAUUAUCGUGUCAGCAGUGAUAAUUCAAUUGAUAUUCCCCCAAAUAAUCUCCAAAAUACAUCAGUUGCCAACCUUAAAAAUAUGAUUAGAAAUAACGUUCCUUUUGCCGAUUUUGAUCUCUACGUAAAUGAUACCGCUCGAGAUGUAAAAAAAUACAUGGAACCGCAAAAUAUG